UUUUUUUUGUUUCAUAAAUUUAUUAUUAUAAGAAAUCGGGAAUCAUAAACAAUAUUUGUUAAUGAUACCGAUUAUUAUAAACUUAGUAAGUUUUUCUUUUAUUUCAAAGACUAUAUAUAUUACAUGUAAAAAGAGGUAAAAUUUACCGGGUAAUAAGGGAGAAAUGCUAUAUUAUUAUUAUACUAUACUUUUUCUGACAAUUUUUAAUUAUUGCUAUAUAAGUAAUUUAAUUUUUUUUUUAAAAAAAAAAGUCUUUAAAUGCUAUAUUUAUAUUAGGUUUGUUUACAAUUUUUUGUCUAUAUUUGUAUUUCUUUAUGUAUUUUUUUAUAAAAUUGUCAGUUCUUGGUUGCUUGUAAGCUAAUCCAUAUAGAUAAUUAAUAAUCAUAAAAUGCAACGUUGCAAAUUUUGCUGAUAAUAUUAAAUUCAUCAUAUUUCUUUCUCACUUAGACAAAUUCCAAACUUUCUUUCAAUUCCAAAUAUCAUGUAAUUGCUUAAUUCUGAAAUUUUCAACCGUGAAAAAUAUUAAAAUAAAUAAAUACAUCUCCUAAAGUCCUUUCAUAUUGAAUACAUUAC